CAGUGCACAUCACUGCUCGUCUGCGUGUGCCUCGGCCGAGCACCCGCUUCACUUGUCAGCUGACCCGCGGACUCGCAUCGUGCAUUUAACAUUUCUUUCUCUCUGAGUGUGCGUUCUUCACAUCGGUCUGUCUGUGUCCCUUCCUCUUUUUAUCUCGCCGAUGCUGGUUCUUGGAGAGAUACAUGCGAGGGAGAUAAGGAGGACGAGGAGUUAGUCGUCGGCAGAGAGGACCGGUCCCGCGAGGCAUGUGUUGUCGAAUUCGCCCUCGCGUCUAAAAGCUCGCUGGAACACGAACUGGAAGCCAUGUCGAGUCGCACAGUCCAGGAUUUCUGUGGAGCUUGGUGAAGGCGGGAGUGACAUUUGUGGUAGUUAUAGUUGCAUUAUAUGUUGAGUGUUUUAGACAUGUCUGAGUCCCCCGGAUAUUCUUUCACCAUGGAGAACUAUACGAUUGACAUCCUUGACAACAACGACGACAACGAAUCGUACACGCUGUAUAAUGAAACGUACAGUAACCUUUCGUGUUCGAGAAACGAUUCGUUAUUUUACAUUAAUGUGACCCUUCAGUACCCCCUGGAGUUGGCGAUGCCCCUCUACGGCUAUGCUCUGCCUGUGCUCUUCCUGGUUACCACGAUUGCCAACACCCUGAUCCUCGCUGUGCUUGGCCAGCGACACAUGCGAUCCCCGACGAACGCGGUCCUGAUGGCCAUGGCCCUCUCCGACAUGCUGACGGUGCUCUUCCCCGAGCCGAUGUUCUUCUACAUGUACACGCUGAACAACCACCCGAAGCCUCUGUCGCCGCCCUCGGCAUGCAGCGCCUGGAUGAUCAUGCACGAGACCAUCCCCAACCUGUUCCACACAGCGUCCAUCUGGCUGACGGUGGUGCUGGCAGUACAGCGUUACAUCUACGUGUGCCAUGCGUCGGUGGCCCGAGUCUGGUGCACUCUACCGCACGUCAUGAAAGUGAUCUCCUUCGUUUUCGUCUUGGCCACCAUCCACCAGGCGCCGCGACUCUUCGACACCGUGUACACCCCCAUGAUGAUCGAGGGCGACGACGAGUGUGUCGAGGUAUGCGUCAUGAGUUAUUCCAGUUGGGUCACGGACCUGCUGACUCUCGAUAUAUAUUUCUCAUGUUAUUACAUCUUCAGGGUGAUCUUCGUGCACCUCGGGCCAUGCCUCGUGCUGGUCAUCCUCAACGUGCUUCUGUACAGGGCCAUGCGACAAGCGCAAAAGCGGAGGCAGAAGCUCUUCAAGGAAAAUGACAAGAAGAAGGAAUGUAAGAAGCUGCGCGACGACUGCACGACGUUGAUGCUCAUUGUCGUCGUGACAGUCUUCCUCAUCACGGAGAUCCCGCUGGCAGUCAUCACAUUCCUGCAUGUUCUGUCUGCAAAGAAUAUCGUCCAGGUCUUCUCGGAUGAAUCUUAUAACAUCGUCAAUUACUUCUUCAUCAUCUCCAACUCUUUCAUCAUCUUCUCAUAUCCCUUCAACUUCGCCAUUUACUGCGGGAUGUCGCGGCAGUUCAGGGAGACCUUCCGAGACCUGUUCAUCCGCGGCCGGAGGAUGCCACGCCGCGACGACUCCACUCGCUACUCCAUGAUUAACGGCCCUCCCAAGACGUGCUCCACGGAAGUCUGAGGACGGUUUGCCCCUAAGAAAGGGGCAAAGAAAAAUGACUUGGGGCGCCCGGUCACCAUCUGCCAGAUCACAUCGCCCACGACGGAGGGGAUGGCGACCAACAGUCUGCACAACGGCACCCGCAGCGCCGUUGCGAGUGUCUACGACCCGGCGCCUUCGAGAUCCUCCGCGGGAAUCCAGGACUCGAACAAGAAGGCGGAUUCCACGUCCGGAAGCUUCUUGGGCAGCACUAGCCAAGGAGGGGCGGGCCAGCUCUGCCAUCGAGAUGUAGGUGCCGAAGGCAGCUCGCUGUCUCCCAAGACCCUCCAAAGUCAAAACGAGAGAGAAGUCUGCUUGGUGAGUCCCAAGGGUGAGGGUCGCAAGAGUCCGGCCGCGACGCUGAGGGUCCACUUUGAGAGUCCGGUUUCCGGUGGGAGCAAGAGGUCGUCCUCGAGUGAAGAUAUCGCUCCACCAGAAAUUAAUGAAACAGUUUUGUAAAGAGAUAAUUAUACUAUAUGUUAUUAGAUAUGUAAAAAGAGUCUCCCAGUUGAUUUUUUUUUUCUUUUUUUUCAAGGUGUUGUGUAUUCAGAAGGGAGAAUAUAUACAUUUUUAAAGAUACUUAUACAUUCUUUAAGAGGACUUUGUCAUAACAGACACUACGAGUGAUAUUUUUUGCCAGACGCAGAAAAUAUCUCUAAGUGACGAUGGAUAUGUGGACAUGAAGGAAUUGAGUGUCCUUUGAUAAAAAAAUGGGAAAAAAUACAAUAUAAGUGUACUAUGUAUUCUAGCAGCUGUGUUUCGAGCAGAACUGUUCUAGAUUCUAUAGAUUCCCGGCUACAUGUCACCCUUCCUGAGCUGAACCCCCUUGGCGACAGCUGGGAUGACGUAGUGACGCUUUCAAACUCCAGUCUGCCAUUAACAUUAGUCACUUUAUCUCAUCAGCACAGGGAGGCUGGUCACAUCUGAUUCAGUCUUUACAUUUAGCUUUUUUUCUUUUCUUUUCUUUAUUUUUAUUGAAUUAUUGAUUAUCCAAAUGAGUCUGACCCCAAAGUGAUGAAGGGAACACUAAUGUGUGUGUGUUGAUAUGUCACAUACGAACAUGUAAUUUGUGAAGGUGUGUUGCCAAGGCCGCGAUAAUCGUACUUCUCUCACUUCAUUAGUUUAGAAGAUUAACAAACAGAUGAAAUGAAGGAAUAUACUGUGCAACUUGGCAUAAAUAAGCACAUCAUUAACUAGAGCCGAAGAGUUCGCGUACAGGAGUCGAUUAUCAACAAUGAUAAAUUAUGGAUAUCGUGUAUAGAAAUUCACAAAUUAACACGCGUCUGUUAAGUGUCAUUCCGACUCGCACUUUGCAGAAAGACUCGCAACAUGAGGCGAACUUCAUCUUUCUCAUAUCAGUUUCCGAAGAAAAUGUAGGCUAAAGAUACCUAUUUGCUCUCAUCUAAACAUUCUACACAAAACAAACUACACUUCAAAAUUGUUGGUUAUUUCAAGAAUGUUUCCGAGUUACUUCUAUCAAAAUGAUAUUCAUUUCAAUUAAACAUUGAUCCGAAAAAAAAUCAAUAAGAUUCACAGGCAAGUGACGGAGCAUGCACGAACAAAAAGGCACUAAAACCCUGAUGUAACGAGGUUUUGUAUUGAUUAAUGAUAUCCGCCGGGACCCGUCUCUCUGACACACAUAGAUACUGCGGGUGGUUCUGCUCUGGCAGGCUGCACUUGUGUACUGAUUAUGUUUGCUACAUGCAUAUGUAAAGAGGG